AUGAAAAACCGCGCCGAAGUCAUCCGCGAAUUCAACUCCUACGUAAACAUGUCCCCCUCCGAACUCUCCUGCUGGCUCUCCACCUCCGAAUCUCAGCACACCGGGCAGAUGAAAAACGACGGAUCCGGCGAAUCAAAAGGUCACGAAAGUGGUCGGAUUAUCGUGGAUAUCUUGGAGAGAAACCCGGAGAAGGAUGAGGAGAAGUAUACGGAUGAGGAUGUGGAGCAUAUGAGGAGGGUUGUGAGUUAUUGUAAGAGGCAUUUGGCGCAGGAGGGGAAGUUGAAGGAGACGAAGAGUGAGGAGGAAUUGGAAAAUGCGAAUUCUACGAAGAGUUUGAAGAACUGGGGCCAUGAUCCCACCAAGUACUAA